AUGUCCGGUGUAACAAUCGAGUUUGUGGCCAGGCGCUACUUCAUGCCCACUCAAUACAAGGGGCACCAUCAGCCUGUGGCACACCAUCGCGCACGCGACAACCUCGAUUAUCAAUUCCUGCUCGAUGCUAUGCGUGAAAUGACACGGCUUCAAAACCUCGUCGUGGACAUGGAACUCGGCAAUGGUCUCCCGUUCUACAUCCUCGACGCUAUCCUCUCUGCUCCUCAGCUCUCUUCCAUUCAGUGUGGUCCGUCAAUGUGUCUCCCGGCAGAACAAGACCCCACAUUACCUAAGCGCCUACGACUAUCCGCCGCUGUUUCUUCUCUCACCGUAUUCCGUCGAUCCCUCCCGAGCUACCGGCCGUGCUCGCGCGAACCGGCCGAAGCGGACUUUGUCUCAUGCCUUUUCAAACAUGUCCACGCCACACUCCAGGUUGCAGAAAUGCCCAGCGACACCGCCCCGUUGAGAGCGUUCCGGAACCACGACUGGCCAUGCCUGCGCGAGCUUGUCCUGCGUGGAGGCCCACGCCGCUCCUCCCGUGCAUACUUGGUCGAGAGCCUGACACGGAUGCCGAACCUCCGUAUCCUCAAACUCGAGCUGGGGCAACGCUCCGGGGCAGGCCUUCAGCGAAUAUGUCCUCCCGGCUGGACGGGUGGAUGUCCGUGGCCGAACCUGGAGGUGCUGACGGUAUCGAACCCGCACCCGGACGACGAGCUGUAUGAGCACUUGCCGGAUAGUCUCCAGGAGCUUACCAUCCGGUGCUUCCCUCGUCACUACGUGGCCGCCGAGCCGGAUAGAGAGGGCGCGUUCAUGGGUCACUUCGGGUGGGAACCGUCACUCCCUACGUCCGCCGACAUGCUGCAGAUCCUGCGUCGCUGCGGUACGUUGCUCGACCGCCUUCGCCAUCUCGAUAUCGAGUUCGAGGAGUCUGGGGAGGAUCUGCAGCUACUACGCCACAUCGCAGCCACAUUCCCGACACUCGCGUUCCUUCAGUUCCAUCGGUAUCACAAGAGCCCAGAUAACCGUGCUCGUACGUCUUGGCUCGACUUCGGGAUCGCCCUUGCACCGCUGUCGCACUUACGACUUCUUCGGGUUCAUCUCGACCUGGAACGCACGAACGACAAAAAAGAAGCCACAGAAGCGAUUUCCGCGCUAGCAUCACCCCUCAACCCGGCUUCCGCAUGCGACUUCGUCAACAAGAAGUACUCACUUGGGGUCGCCUCGCGGCUUCCGACUAAGUAUGUCUCCCAAUGCGUUCUCCUCCGCCCCAGCUUUCUCGUGGAGCUAGGACGUAGAGUCGACACAUUCGGCCACGAACGUCCGUUGACCCAUCCCGUCCCGCACGUAGUGCCCCCGUCGUGCGGACUGGGCUCGGCUGCAGCUGCAGAGCGCGGCGUCGUCUAUGGAUGGGGCGAAGUGGACCGGCGGGAGGAGUCGCCGUACGUCUCCCAAUUCUGCGGUCAGCCGUCGCUGCUGUUCGCCAAGGAGUACGCGAUCAUCGAUUCCUCCAAAUGGAUCGUACUCUCAACUAUGUAG